GGGCUCCCGGGCUGGAGGGAAUUUGGUCCUCCACCGUCCCAGCUGGCCUCGCGCUCGCUAGUCACCUCCCCUCCCCUUCCCCCCGCCCCACGAUGCGUGGCUGUUCGUUGGCUACUUCAGACGGAAGCUCGGUUGGUGUUUCUCCAGAAGUUUCCCCCUCGGGCGGCGGCGGAGCAGAGUACCGCAGUUGUAGCAGCUCCGGCGGCAGCAACAGAAACUGUUAGGGAUGGCAGCGGCUGCAGCUGGACCUGCAACAGCCCACAGGUUUUUCCAGAGCUUCUCAGAUGCCCUGAUCGACGAGGACCCCCAGGCGGCGUUAGAGGAACUGACUAAGGCUUUGGAGCAGAAACCAGAGGAUGCACAAUAUUUUUGUCAAAGAGCUUAUUGUCACAUUCUUCUUGGGAAUUACUGCGAUGCCGUUGCUGAUGUAAGGAAGUCUCUCAAACUCAAUCCAAAUAAUUCCACUGCUAUACUGAGAAAAGGAAUUUGUGAAUACCAUGAAAAAAACUAUGCUGCUGCUCUAGAAACGUUUACAGAAGGACAAAGAUUAGAUAGUGCAGAUGCUAAUUUCAGUAUCUGGAUUAAGAGGUGUCAAGAAGCUCAGAAUGGAUCAGAAUCUGAGGUGUCUGCAUCCCCCCAGAGUCAUCAGUCAAAAAUCAAAUAUGACUGGUAUCAAACAGAAUCUCAAGUAAUCAUUACACUUAUGAUCAAGAAUGUUCAGAAGAAUGAUGUAAAUGUGGACUUUUCAGAAAAAGAGUUGUCUGCUUUGGUGAAACUUCCUUCUGGAGAGGAUUACAAUUUGAAACUGACGCUAUUUCAUACUAUAAUACCAGAACAGAGCACAUUUAAAGUACUUUCAACAAAGAUUGAAAUUAAAAUGAAAAAGCCAGAGGCUGUGAGAUGGGAAAAGCUAGAGGGGCAAGGAGAUGUGCCUAAGCCCAGACAGUUCAUAGCAGAUGUAAAGAACCUAUAUCCAUCAUCAUCUCAUUAUACAAGAAAUUGGGAUAAAUUGGUUGGUGAGAUCAAAGAAGAGGAAAAGAAUGAGAAGUUGGAGGGAGAUGCAGCCUUAAACAAAUUAUUCCAACAGAUCUAUUCAGAUGGUUCUGAUGAAGUGAAACGUGCCAUGAACAAAUCAUUUAUGGAGUCUGGUGGUACAGUUUUGAGUACCAACUGGUCUGAUGUAGGUAAAAGAAAAGUUGAAAUCAAUCCUCCUGAUGAUAUGGAAUGGAAAAAAUACUAAAUAAAUUAAUUUGCUAUCACGGUAUUACGUAUAUUCACCU